UGCCGAGACUACCGCGCGCCUAAUGGAGAGCGCGCUGUCUCCGUGCCGCGCCGCGUCAAGAAGAAGGCCAAGGGCAAGCUCCAGAAGGCUCACGCUGAUGGCGACGAGGGGCGCGGUGACGCCAUGGAAGAAAGCGACGAGGAGCACGACCGCGACGCCUACGUUCAGCGAUUGGCAGGCGACCUCGUCUCCAAGAAAAUGGCCGAGCACAGGGAUGAGCUCAUCAAGGACCUCACGGGUGUGGUCUCCUCGACCGUCUCCGAGCAGGUGCAGAGCUUCGCUUCUCAGUUUAAUGAGCAUGCUGCUUUUGCUAGCAAGCUCGCGGAAGGAGUCCAGAUGCUGCCUCAGCUGGUCCGCGACGCCUCCGAGCAGUUCUGCUCCGACAAGCUCGACCAGUUCCAACGCAAGUUCCAGGCUCAGCCCGAUGGACACACUAUUCGACUAUGCGCUUCUGAACGACGCCUGGAUGAACACGAUGCCGCUCUGCAAAUUCUCAAAGAACAGAUUGAAGAGCUCCGCGGUGCAUUGGCGCUUGCCGACAAGGCGCCGAAGCCUCCGCCUGCCAGUGCCGCGGGCUUUGAGCGCUCCGUCGACGCCACCAUCAUUCGCGCCAUGGCCUCCAAGUUGGUCGAGCUGGACAAGGUCAAGCAGGCUCUCACGGACUGGGUUGCCACGGUGGGAGUGGAGGCCAAGCACUUCGAUAUCACCUCCGAGGAGAGCGUCGCCCGCCAGUUCACGAUCCAGUUCACAGGCGCUGGUGGCCCAGCCGCUCGUAGGGUCGCCAAGGUCUUGGGCGCCCAACGUAUCUCAGCUGGCAAUUGGAAGCGUUUCGAGGUGGUGGCCACUGAUAACUUGCCAGCCACGCUCCACACCGGCGCUGACAAGAACCCGAGGCAGAUCAAGCUCGAGAUCCAGGGGCGCAGGAUCCGUGGGGCUUUCGCUGACAUCGUCAGCGACAAGAAGUGGUUCUUCGACCGCGACAGGGGCUACAUCAUGGCAGGCUGGGACCCUGUCCUGCGCAUCUCGCCCAACCCUGGCAACAUCUCCUCCGAGGUCGCCUGGGCUGACAACUCGGCGCAGAAGCUCGG